GCUUCCAUCCUGGUCCAGUUCAACGCAAUAGUUUAAACACAGUGCGUCGGCCGUGGUACUUUUCCUUCGAUGCGAAAUAUGACUCUCUGAACUAGCGACUGGAAAGCGAUGCAAAACCCGGUUAAAGUGAUUACGGAUCUAUGGUUCCAGUUCGUCGCAAAUGAAUCCUACAACUGACAAUGUAACUCUUAACAAGUGAAACUUCUAAAAAUAAUUAUCAUGCUAUCAGUGAUCUCGCUAAGCAGUGCAUAUUACCUUCAUCCAACGACGACGACGACAAUCUACGUAGAAGGUAAUAUCUAUAUAAAAGCAAUUGCGGAAGAAAGUGCUGCUUUUUAUUGUGAGUGGAAUUGUAGGAGAUGUAUAUCGGUGUACAAAGUGUUUAGAGUGAAUGUGAAUUGAGUGCAGAACGCAGAAGAGUUAAAAUGAUCCAGUCCAACCACGAUCCGGAUUAUCGUGGUGAGAACGAACCGCUUCUGAAGAAAGGAUCAGGUGCGCUUUCUCCGGGACCUUCGUGGGUUAGCUAUGGUUCCCGACGGAGUCGCGAUGAGUGCUGCCAGUGGCUUUCAAAAUUUUUCAUCGUCCCGCAGCGGGUGAUUCUGGCGAUCUUCGGCUUCCUGGCGAUUCUCAAUGCCUACACGAUGCGCAUCUGCCUGUCAAUCGCCAUCACCGAGAUGGUCAACAAGACGACCUCGGUCGAGCAGGACGAGGGCGUCUGCCCGAUCGAUGACGAUGCCGACAUGUCCGACUUUACCGGCGGCGAGUUCAACUGGGAUGAGCAACUGCAGGGCAUCAUUCUGUCCUCGUUCUACUGGGGCUACGUGGUAACGCAUCUGCCCGGUGGUCUUCUGGCGGAAAAAUUCGGCGGCAAGUGGACCCUCAGUUUGGGCAUCCUGUCGACGGCGUUCUUCACGUUGAUAACACCGUGGGCGGUGAACUUGGGCGGUUCGACUGCGCUGAUCAUCAUCCGAGUGCUCAUGGGUCUAGGCGAGGGAACGACCUUCCCGGCUUUGAGUGCACUGCUGGCGACGUGGAUUCCACUGAAGGAGCGCAGCAAGCUCGGUUCGCUGGUGUUUGGCGGAGGACAAGUCGGUACGAUUCUGGGCAAUUUGAUCUCCGGCUAUCUGCUGCACAGCUUCGAUGGAUGGUCGUCAGUGUUUUACUUCUUCGGAGCAAUGGGAAUUUUGUGGUUCAUUUUGUUUACCCUGCUCUGUUAUAGCGAUCCGGAAUCGCAUCCAUUCAUCAGUGACAAGGAGAAGGUUUACCUCAAAAAAGAACUGGGAACACUGACGCGUGACAAGUCUCUACCACCGACCCCGUGGCGCCUUAUCCUGACGAGUGUACCGAUGGUAGCAUUGGUAUGUGCUCAGAUUGGUCACGAUUGGGGCUUCUUCAUCAUGGUGACGGAUCUUCCCAAGUACAUGAGCGAUGUGCUACGGUUUUCAAUCAAAGACAACGGUCUGUUCUCCUCGCUGCCCUAUCUGGUGAUGUGGAUCGUCUCACUUUCAUCCGGAGUUCUGAGUGAUUGGUUGAUCUCGACCGGAAGAAUGUCGCUCACGUUCGGCCGAAAACUGUUCACUACUAUUGCUUCCGCUGGACCUGCUUUCUUCAUUGUUGGAGCUUCCUAUGCCGGUUGCGAUCGUGCUUUGGUGGUAGCCCUCUUCACAAUAGCCAUGGGUCUCAUGGGUACCUUCUAUCCGGGAAUGAAAGUCAAUCCACUGGAUCUGAGUCCGAACUACGCGGGAAGUUUAAUGGCCAUCACGAACGGUAUUGGUGCCAUCACGGGAAUCAUCGCUCCGUACGUGGUGGGAAUCAUGACUCCGAACCACUCCUUGGAAGAGUGGCGUAUCGUCUUCUGGAUUUCAUUCGCCGUAUUCCAUGUGACCAAUCUGGUUUACGUGUUCGGAGCAUCCGGAGAGGUUCAGCCCUGGAAUACGCCUCACCUCAUGAACAAAUCCGUAGAAGCUGGCGAUGAGAAUCAAGAUACCUUCAGCAAGAAGGAAACUCCAGCUGCCAUCAAAGCAUCUCACUAAAUAAAACCUAGUGCAGUUUAAUAGUUGUUAUACCGUAAUUUAUUCGACUUAGACAUAGUAGGAUCCGUUUAACAGUACCAAGUGCUGGGAAUUUAAAAUUUAUGUAGGACGAAACCAGUGAUAGAUGAUCGAUGGGUAGCGAGAUUUCGUUGCCACUCUGAACGAAUAGAUGAAGAAAGUCACUAUUAGCUUGUACCUUUACAGUAACAGAGUAUAGUUAGCGUUUUGUACAUAAAGGUUGCUUUCUCCAGGCGAAGUAUAACGAAUUUAGUAAAACCAUGUGCUGUGAAGCCGGCGGAAGUCUGACCAUUAAGCACAUUCCAGCGAAUUUCAGCGAAUGAAGCAAUGCAAUACAAACUUACUCGUAGUUAACCGAAGGCCGGUGUGACAUUGAAACUGCACUCGCUCUAAAGUCAAGAAGUUGUGUGCAUUUCACUGUCAGUCGCAUGCAUUUAUGCAACCACAUAAAAUAACCCGCAUAAGCCAAACAUACAAAGCUGACGAAGGUGAUGACAACAGCAAAAGUCGGGUACGGUUUUUGCGUGCCGGACGGAGUUGAUGACACUUUUCAAGGAACCACUCACUUUAACGACGACAACGACAGCGACUAGAUAAUUUUGCUGCAAUUUUCCCGCCAAAGCGUUCGUUCUGAAUGCGCGAGACUGGAAUGGGAAGAAGUAUGCACAAUUCAUGCUCAAUUUGUUGCAAUGCAUGUGUGCAUACCAACUGAUCCCGCGUAGACGGCGGCGGUCUGAACGAUUAAAAAUUGAGAAGAGGUCGACGGUGGAGGAAGAGAAAACCAAGGGCCACUGAACUGAAAAUGUUCCAGUUUUUAUCGAUGUAUGUUUUUUUUUGUACUUUUUAAGAACGAUGUUGAAAAUAAAACCUGUAAUAAGA